AUCAUGUUUUCUGAAUUGGGUUUUCAAGAAAGUCUUCAUCUUUUUAAUGGGUUUAACCCAAAUUCAUGUGCAAAAAGACAUUUCAAGUCACCAAAAUAAUUUGGAUAUUUUUUUUUUAUAAAAAAAUGUUUUUUUUUCAAUGGAAAAAAUUGUUAAAAUUCCCUUGUUAGCUACUGAAAGGUACCCAUUGGAAACGUAUUUAGUGGUAUGCUUAGAUUUCUAAAUCUGACUUUGACACUUUGCUUAGUUUUGGAGUUUCCAAUCCUUCAAAAAAUUUGGGUAUUUAAAGAUGCAUUCUCCUCUUUCCACUUCUGUACAAUUCAAAAACAUCUCUCCUUUCUUGUCUCACCUCACUGCAAGUUCUUCCCCACAAGGACAUAGUUCCUCUACAAAAAUGGUGAAAAUCUGUUGCAUUGGAGCUGGGUAUGUUGGAGGUCCAACAAUGGCGGUUAUCGCCCACAAAUGCCCUUCCAUUGAAGUAGCGGUGGUUGAUAUUUCAGUCUCUCGGAUCACCGCCUGGAACAGCGAUCAGCUUCCGAUUUACGAGCCAGGGCUCGACGACGUCGUCAAAUCUUGCAGAGGGAAGAAUCUGUUCUUCAGCACUGAUGUCGAGAAGCAUGUUGCAGAAGCUGACAUCAUAUUUGUUUCAGUCAACACUCCGACGAAGACCCGCGGUCUCGGCGCCGGGAAGGCGGCGGAUCUGACGUAUUGGGAAAGCGCGGCAAGAAUGAUUGCUGACGUGUCAAAAUCCGACAAGAUUGUAGUCGAGAAAUCAACAGUUCCCGUGAAAACAGCUGAAGCAAUCGAGAAGAUCCUCACUCAUAACAGUAAAGGAAUCAACUACCAGAUCCUCUCCAACCCUGAAUUCCUCGCGGAAGGAACCGCGAUAAAUGACCUUUUUGCCCCUGACCGAGUGUUGAUCGGCGGGAGAGAAACGCCGGAAGGGCAGAAAGCGAUUCAAGCAUUGAAAAACGUUUACGCGAAUUGGGUCCCGGAGGAGAGGAUCAUCUGCACGAAUUUAUGGUCGGCGGAGCUGUCAAAGCUAGCAGCUAACGCCUUUUUAGCACAAAGGAUAUCAUCGGUGAACGCCAUGUCAGCGCUCUGCGAGGCCACCGGAGCUGACGUUGCGGAGGUGUCUCAUGCUGUAGGUAAGGACUCGAGAAUCGGAUCUAAGUUCUUAAACGCGAGUGUUGGAUUCGGUGGAUCUUGUUUCCAGAAAGAUAUCUUAAACCUGGUUUACAUCUGUGAAUGCAACGGGUUACCGGAAGUUGCAAAUUACUGGAAACAAGUGAUUAAAGUGAACGACUACCAGAAAUCUCGAUUUGUAAACCGGAUUGUUUCAUCGAUGUUCAACACAGUUUCCGGGAAGAAGAUUGCGAUUUUAGGGUUUGCUUUCAAGAAAGACACCGGAGACACGAGGGAAACUCCGGCGAUCGAUGUCUGCAAAGGGUUGCUGGGGGAUAAAGCUCGAUUGAGCAUAUACGAUCCACAGGUGACUGAAGAUCAGAUUCAGAGAGACUUAUCGAUGAACAAGUUUGAUUGGGACCACCCAGUGCAUCUGCAGCCGAUGAGCCCUAGCUCGGUGAAGCAGGUGAGUGUGGAGUGGGAUGCAUAUGCGGCGGCGAAGGGUGCUCAUGCGCUGUGUAUAUUGACGGAGUGGGAUGAGUUUAAGAAGCUGGAUUACCGGAGGAUUUAUGAGAGCAUGCCGAAACCGGCGUUUGUGUUUGAUGGGAGGAACGUGGUGAAGGCUGAUGAGUUGAGGGAGAUUGGGUUUGUGGUGUACUCUAUUGGGAAGCCAUUGGAUCCAUGGUUGAAGGAUAUGCCUGCCGUUGCAUAAAGAUGAUAUGAGGUGUCAUUUGUUUGAGAAAUUAUUUUGUUAUUUUAAAUAUGUUUUUGUUACCUAUAAAGAUUCAAUAAAAAUAUAUAUAUGUUUCUAAUUUUAUGGAA